GCUUCUUUUCCACUUAUAUCUCACUAUCUAUAGAGACCCCUAAAAAAUUCCAACUUAUAAAUACUAGUUUAAUGAGCUCUCAAUAGCUUAUCAUCAUGGCUGAAAACUACCAGAAUUACCCAAAUGAGUCCACCUUUGAGGUUUCUGAUUUUUUCGAGUUCAACGAUUGGGCCGCGUUCUCAUCCGUGCCCGCCGGCUAUAAUGAAUUGAGUCCUCCUAUUAGUGAUCCGAACUAUGUAAACGAGUUUGUCGUGAACUCGAGUGACAACAACACUUCAUUACAAGAAGGGACUAUGAUCAAUAAUAGGGAAAGUGGUAUUGGCAAGAAAGAGAGAAGAGAAAGAGUUGCUUUCAAAACCAAGUCUGAGGUUGAGGUACUUGAUGAUGGCUUUAAGUGGAGAAAGUACGGCAAAAAAAUGGUUAAAAACAGCCCAAAUCCAAGGAACUACUACAAAUGCUCGAUGGAUGGCUGCCCGGUGAAAAAGCAAGUCGAACGGGACAAAGAGGAUCCACGAUACGUGUUAACAACGUACGAGGGUGUCCACAAUCACCCGUAAAUUUGAAUAAGUAUUCGAAAACAAAAUGAGCUCUCAGUAUAAUUCUUAAGGAACAGCCCAGGUUGACUGUCGGUCUUGACUGGAAUUCUUGAGAGUAAAUAGAUUCCCAUUGCUUUGCAAUGGAGAAAACAAAAUUUGAUGGAUAAUAGAAAAAUUUCCACCUCUAUUUAGAUUGUCAACUUGUUUUAUUGACGCGUAGUGUUUUUGAAUGCACAGGCAGUGUCGAAUUAAAAGUAGACUGCAAAAACACUAGGUUUCGAGUCGUUACUUUAAAGGGAUUUCCAGUUUUAGUCAUGUAAACUUUGGUGUGUUUAAUGAUAUCAUAUUCAACUAUGAUUCAACAAGCUGUUGGCCAAAAAAGUUGGCUGGUUUAAUAAACGGGCUCGAUUAGCUGUUCGAGUUUGGCUAACUCGUUAUGUGAAAGAAGGAGUCGAUCACAGCUCGGUUUGUUUAACAUCUUUAGAUUCAAAGAAUGCUGUGUUUGGUCAAUCUGUACUACAUUUAUACAACAAUAGAUACUCAGUUGAGCUGAAUUUUUCAACAUGCACCAGCCUCUACAAAGAUCUCUGCAAACACAUUUCACAGUAACAAAUUU